AUGGGUAAGAAGGCAAAGAGAAAAGCUGCCAAACUCGUCAACAAAGCCCUUACAGCCCUAGGAUCUGACCCAAUCCCCGAUCCCAUCGACAAGGCCUCUUCAAGCGACAAUCAAGAUGAGGCCCAAACGCCCGACAAGUUCGACCAAGGUGUUCCUGUCACGACGGCCAUUGCGACUCUCGAGAAGGAUGCUUCAACACAAAGCGACGGCAGCCUGAAGCGUUCAAAUCCCCAUGACGCAGACGACGGCGGAGAGUGGCAGGUCGUUUCACGGGCUUCAAAGAAGCUUAAGAAGGUCCCUAAACCUGGCAAGAAUUAUCCCACCAUUGCAUUCUCGCCUAAUGCGCGACUGCAAUCCAAGAUCAAUAUUUCCCAAAUGCGAGACCUGGUUACAUAUAUCUUUGCCGACGGAGCUGGUCCUCAAUGGAUCGGCAUUACCCAUCGCCCAGCGUUCCGAAAGAUUGUGGCUAUAAUGAUACCCGGUAUUGAGGAGGCUAUGUUCAAGCACGACGUUGACUUCGAUACAUACAACAAUGCUGAUAAGGAGGAAAACGCUGUUGCGGCGUCGCCGGACGACUAUUAUCCCCGACCACUGAAGAGAGAGCGCCUACCCGAGGCUCUGCAACCAUUCGCGGACAUGUUCACGCAUCUAUGGCCCGUCAAGACACCAGGUGAUGAUAGACACGGAAAGAUGCAUUCGCCCAUGGCCGCUUUCCUAACAACCCCCACCCCGAAGGAAAAGAAUGGGACAAAGAAGGGCAUCAAACCAGCACAUGAGCCUUCGGGAUGGAAGAACGAGAGAGCACGCAUCACUGAAUUCCUUUGUACAGUCGAUGAUCUGACUGACAACGGCUACUUGGUUCACCCAGCUAUGCUGGAAGGUGCUGCCAAAGACCAGUUCGUUCUCCCCGAAGGAUGGGUCAUCACCCAUGUGAAAAGCCUUGAAGAAGGUCAAGUUCCAGAAGACGAAAUUGAAAAGGGCAGCAUCACAGAAGGACGAAGUGUUCUGGCCCUGGAUUGUGAAAUGUGUAUGACUGGAGAGAACGAGUUCUCUCUGACGAGAAUCAGCAUAGUCGACUGGUUCGGCAACGUUGUACUCGAUGAACUUGUCAAGCCUGAUAAGCCUAUUAUCGACUACGUCACCCAAUUUUCUGGCAUCACAGAAGAGAUGCUUGCACCUGUAACAACUACAUUACAUGACAUCCAGCAGAAGCUACUUGAACUGCUGACCCCUCGCACAGUCUUGAUAGGACACUCUUUAGAGUCAGAUACCAAGGCUCUCCGCAUCUCUCACCCUUUUAUCAUCGACACAUCCAUCAUUUAUCCGCAUCCUCGCGGUCCUCCUCUCAAAUCGUCUCUAAAAUGGCUGGCGCAAAAAUAUCUGUCAAAGGAGAUUCAAAAAGGCGGCGCAAAUGGCCACGACAGCAUCGAAGACUCUAAGACCUGCCUCGAUCUUGUCAAACAAAAAUGUGAAAAGGGCAAGGCCUGGGGAACAUCUGACUCACAGGGAGAGAACUUGGGGGAACCGCAGGUGGCGCUGAGGUCGGCAAGACGAGCGCAGCUGUUGACUGGGGCGAUCCCUCCAAGGGGGCUGGAGCCGGCGCAACACAUCAGCUCGGCUGGAGACCCGGAUGGCCUCGAAAUCCGCGGCGGCGGAGUUGAUUUUGUCUGGGCGAGAAUGCGAGAGCUUGAGGCCCUUCAAGGCUGGUGGAACCGUAACCGUGUCGACAACACAAACAGCGACGGUGGUCCUCCACGAGACUCUGAGGCCAUCCCAUCCGACAAGUCAGAGCUCGAGCAGGCCCUCGUACGCCUUACAGAGCGUCUCACACGCAUCUAUGAUGCCUUGCCGCCCUGCACAGCCUUCAUGUUGUACAGCGGUUCGGGCGACCCGCGCGAGAUGUCGCGUCUGCAGAAGGUGCAGGCCCAGUGGCGCAAGGAGUACAACACACCCGGUAAGAACUGGAACGACCUGAGUGUCAAGUGGACUGAUGUCGAGGACCAGGCGCUCAAGGAAGCGGCGCGCAAGGCUCGGUCAGGCAUUGGGUUUAUCUCGGUGAAGUGA